GCUAUACCUUGAUUGCAAUCACAUAAAAAAUAGGAUACUAAUUUCAUCAGUAUUACCCCACUCCAGAUUUCUCCCCUCAAAAAAUCUCCUACAUGAUUUUUUUUCAUUUAAAUAUAUCUCCUUUCCCUCUCAUAUAGGUUUGCAUCACGUAUUAUAUUUACAUAGCAUUACUUACACCCCAACAAACUGUGCUCCUCACAUUACCACCCAUAAAAUAUUUCAUCUGUAACUUAAGAAACUCCAAAAGAAGAAAACAUAGCAGUUAUGGAGGAUGCUAAACAAGGCCAAAAAUCCCAUGUUCUUGUCGUUCCAUUUCCAGCACAAGGCCACAUCAAUCCAAUGCUACAAUUCUCCAAACGCUUGGCCUUUAAAGGCAUCAAACCCACCUUAACCCCAACUGUUUACAUUGCUAAAUCCAUGCAGACCACCACUAUCCCAACACACUAUGGUCCACCCAUCCAAAUACGCCCGAUUUCCGAUGGCUACGACGAUGGUGGUUUUAGCCAGGCUGAGUCCACCAAGGCUUACUUGGAUAACCUCCGAACGAACGGCUCAAAAACACUGGCUCAACUCAUUCAGAAGCUAACUGAGGAAGGGGAUUCAGUAAAGGCUGUCAUCUAUGAUGGCUUCUUGCCUUGGGUUUUAGAUGUAGCUAAACAGUUUGGGCUUGUUGGAGUGGUGUUUUUCACUCAGUCUUGUUCAGUAAAUAGCAUAUACUACCAUGUCCAACGUGGGCUGAUCCAGCUACCACUUUUGGGGCCUGGUCCAAGCACAGUCUCUGUUCCUGGGGUUCCGGAGCUCCAGCUGUGGGAGGUUCCGUCGUUCGUGGGACAAUACGGGUCGUACCCGUUUUGGUUUGAUGUGGUGUUGGAGCAAUUCUCUAACAUUGAUCAAGUGGACUGGGUCUUGUGCAAUAUCUUCUAUGAGAUGGAGAAAGAGGUGAGUGAUUGGAUGGCUAAAAUGUGGAAAGUAAGAACCAUAGGACCAACAGUACCAUCAUAUUACCUUGACAAAAGACUAGAAGAUGAUAGAGAUUACAGCCUCCAACUCUUGAAGCCAAACACAGCCUUAUGCAAGAACUGGCUAGACACCAAGACAAAAGAGUCCGUCAUCUACGUCUCAUUCGGAAGCAUGGCCGAUUUAUCCGAACAACAGUUCGAAGAACUAGCAUGGGGUUUAAAAAAUAGUCACAAAAGUUUCUUGUGGGUGGUCAGAGAAUCAGAGCAAGCUAAACUACCAAAGGGGUUCGUAGAGGAAGCUUCUGGACAGGGCCUAGUGGUAGGCUGGGCAUCGCAGCUGGAAGUAUUGGCCCACGAGGCAACAGGUUGCUUCGUGACACACUGUGGAUUCAACUCGGUCCUCGAAGCCCUGUGUCUCGGAGUGCCGGUAGUGGGAGUCCCACAGUGGACAGACCAAGGGACUAAUGCCAAGUUUGUGGAGGAUGUUUGGGGAGUUGGGAUUAGAGCCAAGGUAGAUGAGAAGGGGAUUGUAAGAAGAAAGGAAGUUGAGGAAUGUAUAAGGAAAGUUAUGGAAGGGGAGAAAAAGGAAGAACUUGGGAAGAAUGUGGCCAAAUGGAAGAAGUUGGCUAAAGAAGCAAUGGAUGAAGGUGGAAAUUCUGAUGAAAACAUUGAUGAGUUUGUGGCUUAUCUAGUCGGAUGUUAAAGAGGGUUAAUCAGAUCAAAAUCAUUAUGUAAUGCUUUGCUUUACAGAAGUGUCUCUUUCUUGUUACUACUUGCUCAGUUCAAUAUACUACAUUAUGCCACAUUUGACUGUUGCAAUGAAAACAACCAUCUUAUAUCA